UCUCUAUCUCUUCUUCAUGUUUUAAAGUAGUAGUAUUGUAGUGUAAGCGUUUACUGACUGCGUCUAUCUUUCUUGAAUCCUCCUCUGCAGUGUAAUCACUUCACCUUUCCAACCUUAGUUCUCUGGUGUAUUGGAACAUACGGUUUCACUUCAUGUGUGUUGGUUCGAUCUUGUAUCGCUUCACUGUUGUGUUUUUUUAGAGUCCAUAUAUCGUGAAUUAUAGAUUUUUAUGUGUUUUCUUUUAUAACUGUUUGUGAACUUUGUUGAGUGACAUACCUUUCAUGUUUUGGUAGUGUGCUUUAGACUCUGGAGCCUCUCUUUAAUGGUGAAUAAAGCUGAUGAUAACAAGUUCACUUGGGUGAUUAAGGAUUUCUCCUCUCUGCAAUCUUUUGAAAUCUGCUCUGAUGAAUUUUUGAUUGGUGGCUACAAAUGGUACAAGAGUAAAUUGUUUGCUAAUGUUGUUUAGGUGCUAUCCUCCACAGAUUCGCUAAUUCUUUUGUUCGUUUUUUUCACUGUAGGCGUCUUUUUGCUUAUCCAAAAGGAAUUGAAACUGACUACUUGUCGCUGUAUCUGGGAGUAGAAACUUUUGAAUACUUGCCCCUUAGAUGGAGAAGACACGCAAAAUUUUCACUCCAAGUAGUAAAUCCAAUUUAUGAACAAUCCCCUAUACUGCGAGGUACGCUAUUAGCUCAUGGUUUGAACUUUGAACAAUCAUAUUCUUCAAGUUUAAUGUGUUGUGAAAUGUUUUUUUAACUAGAUGAGUUCUAUGUUUCUUGAUUUUACAGAAGUAAAGGAGUGGCGGUUUAAUCAACAGGUUCCCUUCUUUGGACUUCUAUAAAAAUGCUUCCACUUGUAAUUGUUGAUUCCAAAGAUGGUGGGUUUCUUGUGAAUGAUGAGCUCAAGAUUGUUGCGGAGGUAGAUGUUCUUCAAGUUACCGUAGCAUCUGAUGCAUCAGAGCGAUCUCAAGAGGCAGCAUAUUAUGUUACGGGAUCUAGUGAUUUGCAAAAGGAAACUCGAGUGGGAAACGAAACCGUUGAUGUCAACGGGUUUCAAGUCUCUACAUCACAAGUAGCAUCUGUGAGGUGUAUAUUUGAAAAACACCCAGACUUUGCAUCAAAAGUCCUUUCAAAUAAUCAGCAUCUGAAGUCGACAUACAUGAAUGUUCUCCUUGGACUAAUUGAAACACUAUGCCAGUUGCCUGAGAAGCUCUCUGAUGUUGAUUUGUCUGAAGCAUCGGCUGCAGUUGUAUACUUAACGCAGGUUGGCUUUAAAAUGGAUUGGUUGGAAAAGAAGCUCCAGGAAUUAAAGGAAAAGAAGAAGAAGAUGAACACUGGCAAGGCUCAGCUGCAACACAUGGAGGAAGAGUUUAAAAUACUCAACAAGAAAUGCUUAGACCUGAAAGAUCUUCUGGACAAGCAGAAUGAAGAUUUGUCUGCCGCCAAUGUUGCUUUCUCGUUCGAUGAUGUUGUUUGAUGUUUCAAUAGUUGUCUACGUGCAUAGCUGUAGAACGACUUAUAUUAAAAAACGGAGGGAGUAUGUUAUUAGAGCAUGUACAACGGGGGUUUUUAAUAAAUCCUAAAGUACAAAUCCUUCACUAUUAAGCAUAUAAUAUUAAUAUUAAACUCACAUAACUUAAGGAUCAAUCCUUUCCUAAGGAUUAUUUUGCGUGAAUCCCUGUUGACGUGGCACUUGUUUUUUGUCUAUCGCGUGCAGGGUUUCCCGUGUUCGUGUCAUUUGAAGUGGAGAGGAGAAAAAAAAAAGUUUGUCUCUCCGAUUGGCGAUUCGCUCUCUCCGGGUAAGAUUUUUGAAUCGACGGGUUGUUAUGUUCUUCUCCUCUGAUUCUUUGGAUUUACAUAGGGUUUCAUGUGUUUCUCUUCGCAAAUUAGGUUACGGAAUUGGAGAUUAGGGUUUUCAAUCGAAUCGGGUUUCAUCACGUUUUGAAUUUCAAUCAAUUUCGGGUAUCUUUCGUUUGUAAUAAAGGUUUCAAAUCGAUAGAGGUAUCAUUCGAUAGGAGUUUAAUAGGGCUUUGAAUCAGAUUAAAUAUCGUGAGUCUUGUGUUUAAAAAUGAUUUGUGUUUCAAUCGAUUUGGGGUAUCUUUCCUUUGAAAAGGUUUCAAAUCGAGUCUCCUGUCGGAGUAUUGGGUUUGAUUAAUCAUUUUGACUGAUUCUUUGAAAUGUGUUGAUGUUUGGUUAUAUUUUUUGUAUUAACGAGUGUGGUUAUCUUCUUUCAGGUUUAAAAGACAUGGGACGAUAUAGCUACAGCCAACCCAGUUCAUCAGACGAGUAUGAUAUAGACAUUACUUCGCUUCUUGAAGCAGAAUGUCAAAUCUACGCGGAUGAAGCUGAGAGUAGGCAGACUAUAGUUGAGCCGGUUGCGUACGUUCCUCAACCUGAGUGUGAUGAUGGAAUUCCCAAGACCUGCUACUGUGGUGCUGAGCCUGUCGUUGCAAUAGCUUGCACAAGGAAAGAUCAAGGGAGAAGGUACUUCACCUGUGCCAAUGCGGAUGAUGGAGACUGCCAUAUAUGGAAAUGGUGGGAUGUGGCCGUCAUGGAGGAGUUUGGUGACCAUCAGAGACAACUUAGGGAGCUUAAGGCCCAAGCUGACUCGAGUGAUGAGAAGCUGGUAAAGGUUGAGAAGACAGUGGGUGAGUUGGCUAAGAGGAAAACCGGAAUCACAAAUGGCCUUCCAGUGGUUGUUUGUGCGAUGGUUAGUCUCUUCUUUGUACUAUGUGUGCUGGUCUCGUUCAAGUGGGUUAGUUUCUUCCCUUAUGCUUAUUUUUUCUUGUUUAUUUUACUUUAAAACUUAUGACUCUUUUAUCUCAUUUCUGUUCAGGAGGAGCUUCAGAGGAUGAUAAGGAGACUCUUUUAGCUCAUGUCUGCACUUUAGAAGGUAAUGUACAAACAACUUCCAACUCUUUUACGUAAUGCUUGUGUUUUGUUCUGUAGUUAAGUUGUUUUUAUAAAUAUGUUUAAACUCGAAAUGAAACCUAAAAUAUUUUAAAGUCUAAAACUCAGAUUUGAUUGGUGAUAAAUGCAACUUAAUUGCGCGCUACCUUCCUAACUCCUCUGAGUUGAUAGGGUUAAAUGUAUAGCAAUUGCUUUCUACCUUCCUAACUCCUUUGAAUUGAUUGCUAGUAAUUGUAAGUUAGCUAGAAAAUCCCCUACUUAAGUCUCUGUGAUGCUAAAAUAUAGUGACACAGAGCAUUGCAUAACCAUGGAUACCACCUCUGGUUUUGUUAAUCUACUCAAUAACCAAUCGGUUGUUGACCUUGAGUCACCCGAAGUGGAUACCACCCCUAGUUCUGAUCAGUCUGCGGUGAAGGAGAGGAGGAAGUGGACUAUGAAGGAUGAUAAAAUCCUGAUAGGAGCAUGGCUUAACACAAGUAAAGACCCUGUGGUGAGCAACGAGCAAAAAGGUGGAGCUUUCUGGAAGAGGAUCCAAGACUACUACAACUCAAGCCCACAGCUCGUUGGGACAAUACCUAGAGAGCUUGGUCAGUGCAAGCAGAGGUGGGCUAGGAUCAACGAUCUUGUCUGCAAGUUUGUUGGAAGUUAUGAAGCGGCUUUGAGGGAGCAGCGUAGUGGUCAAAACGAUGAUGAUGUGAUGAAAGCAGCCCUUGAUAUCUUCUAUAAUGACUACUCCAUCAAGUUCAACUUGGAACAUGCGUGGAGGGAGUUGAGACAUGACAGGAAAUGGUGCUCCACCAAUCUCUCUAAGGACACUGUGAAGGAAAAAAGGAAACAAACGGUGGAGGUUGAUGGAGAAGACGAUGUGGGAGUAGCCGAGCGUAGACCUAUGGGUGUGAAGGCUAGUAAAGCGGCUUGUAAGAAGAAGAAGAGUGGUAGAGAAGAGGAGUUGGAAAAGAUACAGGGAAUUUUGGACACGAAACACAAAAUAUCUAAAGAGAAAGUUCUUGCGCGUUUACUAGCCAAAAGUGAUCCUCUCUCUGAGAUGGAAACUUCUUUAAAACUGAAAUUGAUGUCUGAGAUGUUCUGAUGUUUAGUAGAGUAGUUUAAGGUAUUAAACUUGUUUUGAGAUGUUGUUUGUUGUGAUUGGUAAUAUACUUUGCUAACUCUUACUUUAUUUGAUGUUGCAGGGUCAAGUUCACGGGUGCAUGAAGUGUAGUGAAAGUCACGGGUGAAGGUGUUUUGUUGUUUUCCCAAGUCACGGGUUGUAUUAUGUUUGCAUGAAGUCACGGAUGUUGUGUUUCAUGUCUCGGCUUAUAUAUAUCUCUUGUACUCUCUUUAUUCCAAGCACUUGUAAUCUCUUUUAUUCGAACUUGUAAUCUCUUCGGCGAAUUUGAAACUCCAAACUAGUAACCACUUAUUGUAACUCCAGACAAACAAUUGAUGUUUAGUACGCACUCAGUACGAUACAACGGAAUUUGAAGAAGGAGAUGUACCUAGCAGUUCACGGGUGCAUAAGCCUCGUGAUACAGACCUCCCUCCAAGCGUCACUGAAAUUCGUGCCAAUCGGGUUCGGGUCCGAGAGCAAGAAACACAUUACCAAUUGAAGAAUGAUUUGAUCGAAAAUAUUUGGAACAAAUUUGGUGAUGAAAACUAAUAAUUGUUGUAUUUCAAAUUUAAUCAUGGAAUAAAUAAAUUUUUCAAUUUAAUAAAUUAAUAUUUCAAUUUAA